UCCUACUAAUUUAAAAAAUAAAUAAGUAUGUUGUUGCUAAUGAUUUGACCCUAAGAAAUUAUCAGUGAUGGGUGGAUGUGUAAGUAGAUCAAGAUCAGAUGUUUCUACUCGAACAUUGUCACCAUCACAUCAGGUGUCGAAUGCUUCUGAUAAUGUUACUAUUGGAAAAAAUAAGCCAAUUAGCUCAGAGAAACCUAAAUGGAAAUCAGAGACCCCUAUUACAAUAGGUCAACUAAGAAGUAAGAGAGAUGAGUACUGGGAAACUCAGCCUGCAUUUGGUGGAAGAGUAGAAAUCUAUGAUGCACUAAGAGCUGCAUGUGAGACAGAUGAUAUCACUUUGGCGCAAGCCAUAGUUAAUGGUGCUAACAUAACACUUCCUUCAGGUUCUUUGACUGAUGCAUAUGACGAAUUAGGUAAUCAUUACACAAUUCCAAUAUAUUGUAUAAGUCUUCCAACAAACAUUAUAAAUUUGGAUGAAAAUUCGAGUACCUCUGGCAGCUCUAAAGAAAUAAUCACUGAACAAGCUUCUGGUGAAGAAAUUAUUAUUAAGAUACGUUUAUCUACUACCAAUAAAGACGUGAAGAUGUCUGUACGCACAGGGGAAACUAUUGGCGCAAUAAAGCGUAGAAUACACGCGGACUUUGGAGUAGCGCCCUCAAAACAACGAUGUUUUUAUUCGGGUAAACUUUUAUAUGAUAAACUUACAAUAGAAGAAACAAAAAUUUCUAAAGGAUUUGUAAUGCAAGUUAUUGUCUCAGAGCCUUAAUCAAUGAAGCUUUUGUAAAAAUCAAAAUUACGUAUCUUUUUACAUUCUCUGUUAGGGAAUGUUUAAAACUUCAUAACAUAACAUCUUUUCUAUUAACUUAUUACUAUAUAAAUUAAAGUUUUAUGCCAAUUAGAGUAUUUGAAUAAAAACCAA